GCUGUCUUUGUGGAAAUACCACUGUCAAUUUCCCUAAUUUAAAACGUCAUUUUGAAACAGUUCACCCUCACACUGUUCUCACGGCAUCUGCGCAUUGUCUAAUUUGCAAUAAAGAUUUUCCAAAUGCUCAAGGCGCAAGUGUUCAUUGCCAACGUGCACAUGGUGUUUCAAAAACAAAAACAAACAUUCCACCAAGCCCGACCCCUAUAAUGUCCCGUAUUGCCAUUAAUCCUAAUGUUACAUCAGAUGUUUCAAGUGAAUCUUCUGCUGGUGUUGGUCCUCGCCGUUCAACUAGACGUACUUGUAAUAAACAUUCUUCAUCUGUUGACCAAUCCAUUUUGUCAUCCUCCGUCUCACAAUCUCUACCAUCAAGUUUAUCAACCAAUCCCUGGUGGACUGACGUCGGACCCUGCCAACCAAUCUAAACCACAGGAAAAGGUUCAUGAUUCGGACCCCUUUAAAGAUUCGCUCAAUCAACCUAAACCCAACUCAAGCCCCUUAUCUCGUUUCAUUCAUGAAUGUGGCAACCUUCCUCCCUUAUUCCCACAAAGACCUCCACAAACAGUUGGUCUGACUUCCUCGCCAGCUUCUGCGACGGAAAUUUCCUUAUCUUCUGACGCUAACGACUCCUCCAGGUUCUCCCCUCCCGCAUCGGGUCCUUCCCCGAGACUUUACCAGAAAGACCGUACUUCCUACAGACGGUAUCAGAGACCGACGGCUUCGGAUUUCUUUUCUCCCAGAUCGUCACGACAUCCUUCUAGUCCCUCCUCUCCAGUUGUUCAAACUGAUGCUAAUGACCUUCUUAACUCUGCUAUACCAAAUGAUAGUUCAACGUAUGAAGUACAACCUCCAAUUGAUAGUGAGAUCGAUCCUUUAUCAUCCCCUAACCAAGAUGAUAACAACACGCAAUUCCAACCUUCGCAACCCACUCCAUCUGAUUCAAGUUUGAAAAGAGAUGCUUUUAAGGACAAAUGGACUUCUGCCUUCUCCAGUGACAUCCCAUGGUCAGAGUUCUGUUCACUUUGCGAUGAAUUUGUCGUGGAAACUCGAUCACUUGCUUUAGAAAUUGCAGCAAAUUCUUCUCCGACUUCCUACCGUCCUAAACCUCUUCCCCGUUGUAACCGUCCUUCUGGCCGUCGUACUGCUUUUCGUCAUCGACCACUGUUAUCAAACCCCGCUGAGGCGCAACGCAUUCAAACUUUAUACCGUCAUUCGAGGAAAAAAGCAGCAAGGAAAAUCCUAUCGCCAAACUGUCCUCCCUAUUCAGGAUCAAUUGAAAAUGCCGAAUCGUUUUUCAAGGACACUUUUUCCCUUCGUAAUUGUGAUAUAACGUCUCUUCAAGAUAAACUAAAUGAUCUCACCACUCCAGCUGCAAUUGAUGACUCGUUAUUUACAACUUCAACAAGCAAGGAAAUUCGACGGAAAUUUGUCUCUGCUGCCAAUACGUCUCCGGGUCCUGAUCGCGUUGAAUAUCGCCAUCUAAAGCGAGUUGACCCAUCGUGCUCUAUCCUUUCUCUCCUAUUCAGCCAUUGUUUUAAGAAACGCGACGUUCCGCCAGCCUGGAAAUCGGCGAUUACAGUGCUAAUUUACAAGAAAGGUUCCACAGACAACCCUUCCAACUUUCGACCUAUUGCUCUGAUGUCAUGUCUCUACAAGUUAGUCAUGGGAGUUAUUGCCAAACGGUUAACGUCAUGGGCUAUUGAUAAUGAUCUUUUAUCUAAAGAACAGAAUAGUGCACGUCGUUCCGAAGGCUUUUAUGACCACACAUUUCUCCUUCAGUCCAUCAUUGGUUAA